AUGGAGCGCUCACAAUCUGAUACCCUGCCUCUGGAGAAUUCGGUCCAAAUUCCCCAGCUCGGAUUUGGCGUGUACUUAUCCCCACCCGAAGUCUGCACCAAGUCAUGCCUCACCGCACUUGAAGCUGGAUAUCGUCACAUCGACACGGCACAGUAUUACGCCAAUGAAACAGAAGUCGGUCAGGCUGUUCAAAAGUCCAACGUCGAUCGGAAAGACGUUUUCUUGACCACCAAGAUCCUCGAGGCUGCUGGCUCCGUGGACGCAAGCUACACGAAAUGCAUUGAGAGCAUCGAGAAGCUUGAUCCUGAGAGCGGUUAUGUCGAUCUCUUUCUCAUUCAUAGCCCUAAUAGCGGCGCUGCUAAGAGAAAGGAGAUGUGGCAGGCAUUGGAGAGGCUGUAUGAGGAUGGAAAGGCCAAGAGUAUUGGCGUGAGCAACUUUGGUAUCAAGCAUAUCGAAGAGUUGAAGCAAUUCGCCAAAGUUUGGCCUCCUCACGUCAAUCAGAUCGAGCUGCAUCCGUGGGCACAGCAGAGAGACGCCGUAGAAUACUGCGAAAAGAACAACAUCAUAGUAGAAGCCUACGCUCCUCUCGUGCGCAACCAAAAGGCCGAUAACAAAACCCUCAAAAGCAUCGCCUCAAAGCACAACGUCUCGCCUAACCAAGUAUUAAUCCGAUACUGUCUUCAGAAGAACUGGAUUCCGCUUCCAAAGAGCGAUACGCCCGAGCGCAUCAAAGCUAACGCUGAUGUUUUCGGGUUUGAGCUAGAUGACAAGGAUAUGAAGGCGCUGGAUGAUUUGGAUGAGGGCGCUGCGGGUGCAAUUGUGCAGGCGGUGGAUAAUUAUUGA